UGUAUCCACUGUAAAACCAGGGUAAUACACUUGAUCUUAGUCAAUCGUCGCCUUUUUGUUUAGUUCUUGUAAUUCCCAGAACACAAACAUAAUCUACGGAACAGCUUUUCCAAUUAGAGAUGGAUCAUUUGUACCCAAAAGCCAUGGGUCAUCUGGUAAUGUUAGCAGCUGUCUUUCACUACUCAGGUAAAAGAAAAAAAAAAUUUUUUUGACCGCUAAAAAAAAUUAUUCAAAUGCAUUUUGAAAAUUGCUUAUUUUUUGCAAUCAUAAUCUUUUAUAUGUUCGGUGAUUGGGACUUGAACAUGUAAGAUCAGUCAUAAAUAUAAAUUUAUAUAUAUAUAUAUAUAUAUAUAUUUAUAUAUAUACCAAUAAAUGGGUAGCAAAUAUUAAUUAGUUUCAAUUUAAAAUAAUUAAAAAAAUUAAUGAAAUCUUUUCGCUGGUUACUAAUACUAAUACACCUUCUCAUCCUAAAUUAAGUGAAGAAUUAAGUAAUUUUGUUUCCACCAGAAUCAACGCUCUCUGUAUCUGCGAACCCUGAAAUCUUUAACCCAGGUCUUACGACCAAACUAACCGUCAAAUGUAACUACGUCAAAAACGACACCAGCACCAGCAGCCCGUCAGCUCUCGUAUCCCUAUUCCUGUCCCGUGCAAACAACGGGUCCUCAGACUAUGAAGAGUUUGCGUCACUGAACGUGUUCUUGGGCCAGCAAGUGAACCUGAUAACUCAGGAAAACGUCAAAGCGUCCGGUGCCAUCAACUCAACCGGGGAAUCCUUCAUCGCCCUGACCUGGGAUUCGCCCGCCGAAGACGUCGCCGGAAGUUAUAAGUGCACCGCCCAAGGACCCGAUCACGUGGGACACAGCGUGGUCAUCGAAUCAACCGUCGACGUCAAGUCCUCCGCACCGGGUAACAAAGACUUACUGAGCCAGAUCCAACAGCUGGACUCGCAUCUGAAGCAGGUCGAAGCAACGAUCAAUUUGAUGAAAACCGAUUUUGCGGGUCAGCUGGUCCAAGUUUCUAAAAACGACACCCACGUUCUUGCGCUGAAUGACCAGACCGCCCAAGACAUCAACACGUUGAAACAAGCGAACGCCAACUCCAGCAGUGCCAACAUGAAGCUCUUGUUAGAAGCUUUCAGAUCGUCGGUUUUUUCUCGUGAAUUCAACGGACCCAACGCCACCUAUUGGCUGUCGAAAAAUAGCUACACCGACGUCCGGGACGCUGAGAAUUUGUGUAAACUGUACAAAGGGUAUCUGGUUGAGAUCAACUCCGAUGGAGAAUACGCAGCGGUGAGGGAGUUCCUCAACAGACUCGACACGGAGAUCUAUUACGUCUACGUCGGCGCCACGGACGAACGUGCUGAGAAUCAAUGGGUGUAUCGAAGCGACGGGACGCCGGUCCAGUUCACCGACUGGGCCAUCAACCAGCCGAGGCCGGGUCCGGACUACAAUUGUAUGUUUAUGGAAGAGAGUCUUGGGUGGAGGAUGUCCGCAUAUCGGUGUACAUCACUCACCCCCAUCUAUGCACUCUGUGAACUGUCCUGAGUUUUUUCCAUGUUGACCAUUUCUCUUUUUUUUAAAGAAAUAAUAAAAACAAACAUAAAAGAUCAAGACGUUAAUUUGUAAGCCAC